CGGCUGGGAUCGGGAGAGUGGAGGUCCGACGUUGGGGUUUCUGUUUCUUCCCACUCGAAGCCCGAAGGAGUUCAAAGUUGCAGAGACCCGAGGGGAGGAGACGACAGAAGCAGCGGAGGAAGUAGAGCGCAGCGAGUAAGAGAAAGAGAGAGAGUUAGACCAAACACCUAUCUUCUCCCCGAGCUCGCUAGGAUACUUCUUCCUAUUGACUUUUCUUUGGAAGACAAAAGUUGUGGGAUCUAUCGAUAGAUAGAUAGAUUGAUUAAUUGAUUGAUAGAUCGGUGAUGGACGAAGUGAUCACUGCCACCGAUGCAUCCUCCAACUCCCAGUCGACGUCUUUGCCUAAUUUUCUCCCCACUAACCUCCCUCUCCUCUCUGCGUUCCUCGCCUUCGCUCUCGCUCAAUUUCUCAAGCUCUUCACCACUUGGUUCAAGGAGAAACGAUGGGAUACUAGAAGGAUGCUUGGGUCAGGGGGAAUGCCAUCAUCACAUUCAGCAACUGUGACAGCACUUGCGGCAGCUAUAGGUUUUCAGGAGGGUGCUGGAGGAUCAGCAUUUGCACUCGCUGUGGUUAUGGCAUCUGUUGUAAUGUAUGAUGCAACUGGAGUUAGACUUCAUGCUGGCCGGCAAGCUGAAUUGCUGAACCAAAUUGUGUGUGAGCUACCACCAGAGCACCCUUUAUCUAAUGUCAGACCUCUUCGUGAUUCAUUAGGUCAUACUCCACUUCAGGUUAUUGCCGGUGCUGCCUUGGGAAUUAUUGUAUCAUAUCUCCUGAGAAACACCAGUUAGGAAGGGGCAUCACCAACAUCUAUUCUUUGACCCUGUCACUGCAAUCUUAACGUGUUGGUUGUACGUUUGAAGCAGCAUUACAACUUGAUAUGUUUUGGAAAUAUAGUGAGAGUUGUACAAUUGGGUCUCUAAUUUUUUAAAGCUUAUAGAAUGCUAUGGAGUUAUUCAUUUUGUGGACUAGGAUCUAGUGACUUACAGAAUGUUAUGUAGUUACUCAUUUUGUGGAUUACCCUUGCCUCUUGUAUUAUUUUAUCUCCACAGAUCCACACCAUGGUGGCUUGGAUUUCAUGGACCAAUGGCAAGUUCUGGUCAGUGUAUGAAAUUGAAAAGCUCCAUCAUCAUUUUGCUUCCUAUCA